CGCUGUGGGUUGCCGUGGAGACUCGGCGCUGCGGCCUGCGCUCAUGGCGUUGUACCAGCUCUUCUCCCAUCCGGCCGAGCGCGGCUACCGCGCGGGGCUCUGCUCCAAGGCCGCGCUCUUCCUGCUGCUGGCCACCGUGCUCACCUACAUCCCCCCUCUGCUAGUGGCCUUCAGAAGCCACGGGUUUUGGCUGAAGCGGAGCAGCUACGAGGAGCAGCCUAGCGUGCGCUUCCAGCACCAGGUGCUACUCGUGGCCCUACUGGGGCCCGAGCCCGGAGCCUUCCUCGCCUGGAGCACGUUCCCCACCUUCAACCGGCUGCAGGGGGUUCACCUGCGAGUCCCGCUCGUGUCGAGCAGAGAAGAAGACAGGAACCAGGAUGGGAAAAUGGAUGUGCUACAUUUUAGACUUGAACUUCCCCUGCAAGCGACAGAGCACGUUCUCGGCGUGCAGCUCAUCCUGACCUUCUCCUACCAGCUACAUAGGAUGUCAACAUUCGUGAUGCAGAGCAUGGCCUUUCUUCAGUCUUCCUUUGCUGUUCCCGGGUCACAGUUAUAUGUGAAUGGUGACUUGAGGCUGCAGCAGAAGCAGCCACUGAGCUACCGAGGCCUGGAUGUCAGAUAUAAUGUAUCUGUGAUCAAUGGGACUAGUCCUUUUGCUCAUGACUACGACCUCACUCACAUUGUUGCUGCCUAUCAGGAAAGGAAUGUUACCACUUUCCUGAGUGACCCCAACCCAGUCUGGCUGGUGGGCAGGGCUGCCGAAGCUCCUUUUGUAAUCAAUGCUGUCAUCCGAUAUCCUGUGGAAGUCAUUUCAUACCAGCCAGGCUUCUGGGAGAUGAUAAAGUUUGCCUGGGUCCAGUAUGUCAGCAUCCUGCUCAUCUUCAUCUGGGUGUUUGAAAGAAUCAAAAUCUUCGUGUUUCAGAACCAAGUAGUGACCUCCAUUCCUGUAGCUGUGCCCCAGGGAGAGCUGGGUAAAGAGCAUUUAUCCUGAGAAGACCACAUCAGGAGACUCUGAGGGACCAUGGCUACCUCAUCCCCAUCUUUUGAGAACCACCAUUUUACAUUUCUGCAAAGAGCCUGCUGGACACUUUCAGGCUUACAUGUUUUCUCCUCAGAGGCAAAGAACGGUUCUUUCAACAUUGCACUGCACAAACCCUAUGCCUUCAGAGCACCAAGGAAAUCUACAAGGACGGCGACCAGUUUGUGGAAAGGUCACAGGGUUACUAGAGGCUAUGAUUUUUGGUUUGUUUGGUUUUGCUUUGGCCUUGAAUUUCAGGAGAAAAUUGCAGUCAGCUCAUACAUCUUUGAAAGAGUCCCAUCUCCCGUCAGUCAAAGACUUUACCUCUUUUGAACUGGGAUGCCCUGUACAUUAGCUUCUUCAGGGCUCUCACAAGAAAUAUGCAAUCCCUAGUACUUUCUACUCCUAGGUUUCUAUACAGCACUCAUUCAGAACUUUGAUUUCCAAGACUGAAGUCUUUAACUGGAGAACUGAAGGGGGCGGGGCAGAGCCUAAAUACAAGAGUCCCAGAAACAUGUGCAUGCUGUUGGGUAACUUAAGGGCAAGAGGACCAGACACCUGCCCUCAGGCUAAUAGAUGGGGCUCUGUCAUCAGCUCAGCUGAACAGCCCUCUGUUCCUGCCCUUCCGUGGCUGGCUCUGUGCCCUGUUUCUUGCCCUCUGUCUGUGCCCCUGGGAUGACGGCUGAAGUCCGAAGUGCUGUUUGAUUCUGUCUGCCCCCCUAUUCCCAGCAGCAGGGAAGGAUGCCGAGCUUCUAACAACAGGUUCUUUCUCUCUGGCCCUCACCCAACAGCCUGGCCACUUGCCACUCCUCAUCUUUGAUGGCCUUCCCCUUUUCUGAAAGGAUAUGGGUUACAGAGGGGUUGGUGGUAGUGUUGGCUUCCAUUGCCUGACAACUGCAGGGUUUAUUUGGAGGCUGAACUGAAAACUCAGUUGCUUGCAGUUCCCUUGACCAAGGAACAAGGUACUUAGCAGAGGGGAGGCUUUGGAGGAAGCAUGAGGAGCAGCAAGUAAAGAGGGCUAAGCAGAGCAUCUAACAGAAUGACAAGCAGCCAGCAGACAGCCCUCUAAUCUAAAGAAAUAUGGGCAGAGAACAUGGCCAGAACAAGCUUCUAUGUUGCAUAAAAAACUGUUAUUUAGACUCAUUCUUGUGCUGAGCAAUUGUGCAGUCUUAAAGGAAAGGUGGCUCUGUUUAUGACUCCACCAUGUCAGUAGCCCUGGAAAGCUGCCACCCAUGUCUCAUGUCUAGCCCCAAACACAUUCAUCAGUGUAUGUCUUAGUUUACCUUGGAGAAUCAGUUCUAACUACCAGAGCACCUUUCAGUCAGACUAAGCAGAAUAAGCGUUUUGAAAACAAAGUAUUCAAGCAGAAAAAACUCCCCUAGUACUAGUUUCUCUGACUUCAUAUGUACAGAUGUUUAUAUGGCCCGUGUCUUUUUUCUGGAGAUUUAAAUGAAAAAAAAAAUGGUCUCUGAAUACAAUUCCAAAAAGGUUGUGAGGGGAUUAGGGAUGUAGCUCAGUGGGCAGAGCGCUUGCCUGAAUGCACAGAGCCCUGGGUUCCUUCUCCAGCAUCAUAGAAAAACUCCAUGGUGACACAAGUCUAAUAAUCCCAGCACCAUGGAGGUGGAGGCAGGAGAAUUAGAAGUUCAAGCCCAUCCUUGAGUUAGAGCCCAGCCUGGGAUACUUGAGACCCUGUCUCAAUAAAAUAAAAUAAGGAGAUGUGGUGGGGCACACGACCAGAAUAUACCGUGUGGAAAAAAGAUAACAAGAUUCAAAAGAUGUCCAAAGAUACAGACGACUUUGCAUUGCAUCAAACUAUUCCAUGCAAAAUUUGUAUAGAGAACUCAAUGACGUUUUAUAAGUUUCUAAUUAAAAUGUCUGGAAAAGAG